AGACAAUGUUAUGUCAGAGACCAUCACAGUCAUUGUAUUUUCCCUCUUUCAUCUUUCUUCACAAACAACGCCUCCACAACUUCCUCUUCCUCCUCCCUCCUCUCCACCACCACUCAUGGCCGGAGCUCUCUCUUCCAUCAUCCAUGCCAAUCCUAGAGCUCGUGCUUUCUCCACAUCCAACCCUAAUCACCCAUUAUUGUCUCGUAGACCUACGGCACUUGCCAUGUCCACUACUGACCAGUCUUAUUGGAGCUCCAUACAUGCUGACAUCGAGACCCAUCUCAAGCAGGCCAUUCCAAUAAGGCCACCGCUAGUUGUCUUCGAGCCCAUGCAUCAUCUCACCUUCAUCGCCCCGCAAACCUCCGCUCCCGCCUUGUGUAUCGCCGCUUGUGAGCUCGUUGGUGGUCACCGUGACCAAGCCAUGGCUGCAGCAUCCGCUCUACGGCUUAUGCAUGCUUCUGCUUCCACUCAUGAGAACCUCCCGUUGACAGACAGGCCCAAUACCAGGCAAACGGUCGACCAUACCUUUGGGCCGAACAUUGAGCUUCUCAUAGCAGAUGGAAUGAUAUCAUUCGGGUUUGAGUUGGUAGCUCAGACCAACGACCCAGAUCAAAAUAAUUCGGUUCGGGUUUUGCAGGCGAUCAUUGAGAUCUCACGCGCCAUGGGUUCACAAGGUGUGAUGGAAGGGCAAUAUAAUGAAUCACAAUAUGGAGAAUCCGACGGUAAGAAAUUAUUCCACGCGGCAUGGCUUCAUAAUGUAUGUAAAAAGAAAGAAGGUGCAUUACAUGCGUGUGCGGGCGCAUGUGGUGCAAUAUUAGGCGGCGGAAGUGAGGAAGAAAUAGAAAAAUUGAGAAGAUACGGUUUAUAUGUAGGCAUGAUACAAGGAAUAUUUAAUAGAUUUGAAAGAAACGAGUGGUCAUGGAAGGAGGUGAAUGAGCUAAGAGAUUUGGCCCUUAAAGAAUUGAAAGAUUUCAAUCAAGCAAAGGUUAAAACUAUUUCUAGGCUUGUUGAGACCAAGUUAUGUAAUGUGUAGAGCCCAAGGUGUUGUUGGUGCUAUGCAAGGACCAACGAGAAGAGACAAAUCAUAAGUCAUGUGAUUGUGAUACUUGUGUUACCCAUUUCAGAAUUUUUGAAAUGUAAAAUAAUGUAAAUCAAUAAAAAUUAAGACUUCAUUUA